ACAGGGUGGGAAUUGAAUUAGAAUUGAAGGAAUGGAAAGGAUGGCGAUGAGUUCUGCUGUUUAAUUCUGUAGUUUCUGUCUCCAUCUGCUAUUCUCUGUCUCUGAAGUCUGAUCGGAGAUGGACAACGCAUCACGCCGAUGGAGAUCCAAGCCUCUUCAGACUUCCAAUCCCUCUCUCAUCAUGGCCUUCUUCUCCUGCCUCGCUUGGCUCUACGUCGCCGGCAGAUUGUGGCAAGAUGCAGAGAACAGAAAUAUACUAGCUAACCUUCUUAUGAAGAAUUCUGUCCGGAGACCAAAAGUUCUUACAGUUGAAGACAAGCUGACGGUAUUAGGAUGCAAAGAUUUGGAGAAGAGGAUUGUGGAAGCUGAGAUGGAUUUGACAUUGGCCAAGAGUCAAGGGUACCUCAAGAGCCAGUUAAAACAAAGUGGGUCUUCCUCCGACAAGAAGCUUCUUGCUGUUAUUGGAGUUUAUACUGGAUUUGGUAGUCAUCUGAAGCGAAAUGUGUUUAGAGGGUCUUGGAUGCCAAGAGGUGAGGAAGCUUUAAAAAAACUUGAGGAAAGAGGAGUGGUCAUACGUUUCGUAAUUGGUCGGAGUGCUAAUCGAGGUGAUAGCUUAGAUCGCAAUAUUGAUGUGGAAAAUCGCUUGACAAAGGAUUUCUUGAUUCUUGAUGGUCAUGAAGAGGCCCAAGAAGAGUUGCCUAAGAAAGCAAAGUUGUUCUUCAGUACAGCGCUUCAAAAUUGGGAUGCAGAAUUUUAUGUGAAAGUUGAUGACAAGAUAGACCUUGAUCUUGAUGGUUUAAUUAGUCUUCUUGAAAGCCGCCGUGGUCAAGAUAGUGCUUAUAUUGGAUGCAUGAAGUCAGGAGAUGUGAUAACAGAAGCGGGAAGGCCGUGGUAUGAACCUGAAUGGUGGAAAUUCGGGGAUGAGAAAUCGUACUUCCGCCAUGCAGGUGGUUCACUUAUUAUACUCUCCAAAAAUUUGGUCCAGUAUGUUAACAUAAACAGUGCAUCACUUAUGACUUACGCUCAUGAUGAUAUAUCUGUGGGGUCGUGGAUGAUGGGUAUCCAGGCAACCUAUAUAGAUGACAAUCGUUUGUGCUGCAGUAGCUCCCGACAAGAUAAGGUAUGCUCCGCGGCUUGAUCAGAAGAAGCAGCUUCUCUCCGUCAGAACAAAGGCCUCCAACUUACUUGGUUGGUUCAGAAAAUGUGGGCAUUCUGGGAAAUCUGGCACUGGGCAGAGUAGGACAUGUCAUAAAGAAUAUCCCUUUUAGAUCAGGGAACGAGCAGCACACAUUUUGUAGUACAUACUAUAGAUGGUACAGCAUAACCAUGCCUGGAAUCCCACAAUGCUACUAACUAAUGGAUGGCAAGCAAAAUUGUUAGUGUCAAAGUGGGAUGAUUUUGUAUGCAAAACUAUACCCAGCAUUUUCAGUAUUGUUGCAUGACUGGAGAACAUGUACUGCCCUGAGGUUAUGCUAGUAAGGGGCUGUUUGAGAACCUAUACAAUUCAGAGCUGUCUGAUCAUGUUACCAUUGAGAACCUUAUACAAUUUGUUGUUCCAUUAUGCUUUUGUGCUGUCAGUG